ACUCUGUAUGUCAGUAGACAAACCUUGGUAGAACCCCAAGGCUCCCAGAGACACCCAUCUCUCCUCAUUUUUUUUGUGUGUGUGUCUUCACCGAACAUUCAAAACUGUUUCUCCAAAGCGUUUUGCAAAAACUCAGACUGUUUUCCAAAGCAGAAGCACUGGAGUCCCCAGCAGAAGCGAUGGGCAGUGUGCGAACCAACCGCUACAGCAUCGUCUCUUCAGAAGAAGACGGCAUGAAGCUGGCCACUAUGGCAGUUGCAAAUGGCUUUGGGAACGGGAAGAGUAAAGUCCACACCCGACAGCAGUGCAGGAGCCGCUUUGUGAAGAAAGACGGCCACUGUAACGUUCAGUUCAUCAACGUGGGCGAAAAGGGGCAACGGUACCUCGCAGACAUCUUUACCACCUGUGUGGACAUUCGCUGGCGGUGGAUGCUGGUUAUCUUCUGCCUGGCUUUUGUUCUGUCAUGGCUGUUUUUCGGCUGUGUGUUUUGGUUGAUAGCUCUGCUCCAUGGGGAUCUGGAUGCAUCCAAAGUGGGCAAAGCUUGUGUGUCCGAGGUCAACAGCUUCACGGCUGCUUUCCUCUUCUCCAUUGAGACCCAGACAACCAUAGGCUAUGGCUUCAGGUGUGUCACGGAUGAAUGCCCAAUUGCUGUUUUCAUGGUGGUGUUUCAGUCCAUUGUGGGCUGUAUCAUUGAUGCUUUCAUCAUUGGCGCAGUCAUGGCGAAGAUGGCAAAGCCAAAGAAGAGAAACGAGACUCUUGUCUUCAGUCACAAUGCCGUGAUUGCCAUGAGAGACGGCAAGCUGUGCUUGAUGUGGCGAGUGGGUAAUCUUCGGAAAAGCCACUUGGUGGAAGCUCACGUUCGAGCACAGCUCCUCAAAUCCAGAAUCACUUCUGAAGGGGAGUAUAUCCCUCUGGAUCAAAUAGACAUCAAUGUUGGGUUUGACAGUGGAAUCGAUCGUAUAUUUCUGGUGUCCCCAAUCACUAUAGUCCACGAAAUAGACGAAGACAGUCCCUUAUACGAUUUGAGUAAACAGGACAUUGACAACGCAGACUUUGAAAUUGUGGUCAUACUGGAAGGCAUGGUGGAAGCCACUGCCAUGACAACUCAGUGCCGUAGCUCUUAUCUAGCAAAUGAAAUCCUGUGGGGCCACCGCUAUGAGCCUGUGCUCUUUGAAGAGAAACACUACUACAAAGUGGACUAUUCGAGGUUCCACAAAACAUACGAAGUCCCCAACACUCCCCUUUGUAGUGCCAGAGACUUAGCAGAAAAGAAAUACAUCCUCUCAAAUGCGAAUUCAUUUUGCUAUGAAAAUGAAGUUGCCCUCACAAGCAAAGAGGAAGAUGACAGCGAAAAUGGAGUUCCAGAGAGCACUAGUACGGACACGCCCCCUGACAUAGACCUUCACAACCAGGCAAGUGUACCUCUAGAGCCCAGGCCCUUACGGCGAGAGUCGGAGAUAUGACUGACUGAUUCCUUCUCUGGAAUAGUUACUUCACAACGUGGUCUGUUGGUCAGAGGCCCAAAACAGUUAUACAGAUGACGGUACUGGUCAAGAUGGGUCAAGCAAGCGGCCACAAGGGACUGAGGCAAGCACAAUGGUUUCAAAGGAAGACUGUAAGCUCCAUGAUUAGCAUAAAGCACUAACUAUGCCUCUGUGUGACCUGAUGGCACAUAGAUGUUGUAGAAUAAGUUAUGGGUUUUUAUGUUUUGUUUUGUGUUUUUUCCAAAACUUGAACUUGCAGGCAAGCCUUGGUUGGGUAUUUGAUUUAUCCAGAAUGCUUCUCUUUAGGGAACAAGGAUGUUUUUAAUGGCAUAACAAAGGCAAGACUCUGCCUUAAUUUUUGAAAAGCUGCUAACUACAUGAACACAAAUUUGUAUUUUUGUUGCAGUGUAGUUUUUCUUUUGUGUAAUUUUAAAGUCAGUGUUGAACUUUAUUGAAAGCUCAUGAUGCGCUUCAAAGUGGCAAGUAUUUGGCUAUUAACUGCCAAAACAAGAGCCUGAUUUUUUGAGGCCAGUAAUUUGUUUGCUAGAAUUGAUUUUUUUUUCUCUCUUGCUCUUUGUUACAUAAGGGCAUUAUGUAACACUAGCCAAAUGGUAGCCUCCGGGUGAUGGUUGUUUUUUUCCUCCAUGAUGUUAAUGGGUUAUCUCAAAUUUUAAGUUAGACUACCUAAAAUAAAUACCAAAGAUAAUGCAUAUUUUUGCACAGUGGAGCUUACACUAAAAAGAAAACAAAGCCCCAUGGGCUGCCUUGAAAUCAAAAGACAAUGACUUUGAACCUCAGCAAGACCUUGAACCACCGGUUCAUUUUGCACCUUAUUCAGAAAAUAGAGCAUCAUACUCUCUAUGAGUAUGACAGAGUCUAGUCAGUGUAGUGCUUUUAAAAAUUUUGUCCUUUCAUGUAACUUUUUUAUUUCAAGAGGCAGAAGAAGAAAGGGGCAGUAAAAUUCACACACACGCAAUAUCAACAUCCAUUCUUUCCUGCCAGACAGUGCUGGCCAGGCUCAUGUAAAGUGCGAGAUGGUGAUGUGCUCUUAUAUUUUUCUGGGUUUUCCCUUUUGCACAUUCCAAAAUUUAUUUCAUAAGAUAAGAUCUUCAUAGGACCUCCUUCGCAUCCUGGCAUUCUCAAAACUGAGCCAUCCAGCAUGAAAGAGAAAUGGGUUUAAACCCUUGCUGCUGAAUUUAUUGCCUCGACUGUCAGAAUAUUUCCAGCCCACCUUCACCUUAGAAAAGAUGCCACACAUGGCCUCCAGCCUUGUUCUUCUGAUCCGUCUGUCUGGAUUGAGUCCUACAGUGCCAGAUAGGGCAGUGAAUGCUAAAGUGGGGUAACAGGGAGGUAUGGACAAGCCAGUUUGAUGCAGCACUUCAGAUGAAGUAUUUAGGAGGGAGAGGAAACUUGCCUUUUUUAAUGGAGAAGGUAGGAAUGAAAAGAUCUCAGUAUUUUAGGGUCAAAGAGACACAUGAAAAUAACAUAAUCACAAGUAAAGGAGAUAAUGGUCUAAAACGGUUAUUUCCCUUUUCUGUGUGCAUACUUAUGAUUGAAUAUGAGCUAAGCAUUGUCUCCUGUGGAGCCCCAGAGCAGGUUACUAAGGAAGGACAUGUUGUUUUCCAGAAGCCUCCCCUACCUGGCUGACUGCCUUGCUAGAAACAUUAUUUUUUUUUUCCCAAUCUGGCUCAAUAAUGGAACUCUCUUUUUGAUUUAAAGUUCUCUAUUUGUGAAUUCUGGGGUUACUGACUUUUCUUUCUAAUUGGAGUCUCAAAAUCAACUCUCUUAUGGUAUUAUAUCCCUGUAUGCCAUUAAAAAACAACUUGUUCUAGAAUCAUGUAUUUUGUAAAUUGUUGUUUGUGAUGGUCUCUGGUUCUCGAACAGCCAUAUCUGAAUGCUGUGCCUGCAAAACUAUGACAAUUUCUGCUGAUUUCAGCCUUCAGAUUUGAUGGCUUUGAAAACCGAGGUGUUAUUUUCAAUGAAAGCGAGAAAGAGAUGUUAAGCAAAUGGUUGUUUUAAAGCCAAAUGUAAAGGCAGGUUUGGGAAGGUGUAUAAAGAGUUGGAGGAAUUGGGGAUUGAGUGGACAAGAAAACUUACAGAAGAGGCACCAAUUUGGUUCUUGAUGGUGAGAGGAUAUUGAGGGCUUCAGCUGCUGCUAUUAUGACGUUUUGCAAAGGAAAAUAAUCAAACCAAAGAGUAUUCAGUGAUAUGUAAAUUAAAUGAAGUUAUAGUGGAGAAUGGGGGUGACCACAAAAGGGACUCCCCCUAAACACACAGUGCUGCCACUUAAAAAGACUUGAGAAAUUUGAAAGGGGGUGGGUAUGGGGGGUGGGCAGGAAAGAGGGAGGGAAAUCUUUCAACUUAUUUCUGAAAAUGAAAAAAAUAUAAAAUUUCUGGUGCACAGGUUUGUUUUUUUUCAAGAAAAUUUUGCAGAAGCUAUGUUUUUAAAGUGUACAUUUUAUAAAGUUUAUCAGAUAUUUUCAUAUUUAAAGCCAAAUGUAAAUAGAGGUCUGUAAAGAAAAAUAAUUGCCAUAGAAAGUAUAAUUUCAGUGCAGCAAUUUCUGAGAGCUAGUACCUAUAUGCUACCGGUUAGCAUGGUUUUAGCAAAUAUACACCAGCCUUAUAAGGUUCGUGUUGCUAUGUUCUUCUGUUAUUUAUUUCAGCAUGGACUGUUCAUUUGAAACCUUUUUCUAGUUAUUAGCAUUUUAACAGUUACAAGCUUUAAAUGGCAUUUCUUUCUUUCUUUCUUUCUUUCUUUUUGUCAAGAGCCAAGACAUAGGUAAUGCACGACAUCAAUUGCUGCAUUUUACCUUCAAAAUAUUUGUCCUUAUUGACUGGGUCUCCUUAAUUAGUAUACACAUGUCAUUAGAAGGCAGGCGGAGGGGACUCACCAUGAAUAUCUGGGGUCGAUUCCCAGAUGUGUGUUGCUUCUCUAUUGCAAGCAGAUUCCCUGUUGAAUUUACUUAGGCUUUAUUCCCCUUUGAAGAAAGUUUUGCCCAUAUCUGGAAGGGCACUAUAUUUUUGGAGGGAGCCAUAGUUUCCUGAUUAUCCUAUUUUUAAAUAAAAUGUAGACAAAGUGAAUUCUAUUUUGCUUAUUGAGAAAGGAGUAGUUUUCUAUCCCUCUAAGAGUAUACUUGAAUCAGACAUUUUAAGGAUGUCACUAUAGCACUGUUGUCAUUUCCAAAUUCCUAGAAAAGUUUGUUUUAUUUUGUUUUUAUUCUGUUAAUGCAUUAUUUCUUCUCUUUACUUCCUGUCUUCUCAGUACACUCCUAUCCCAACUCUCGGUGUUUAUUUGAUGAGCUCUGUGCCCUAAGUCAUAAUUCCCUUGCAGUUACUAAAUGUCACUUCAUAUUUUAUAAUAAAACACUCAGUAAAAGCAAAAGCUUGUCCUGAGAAGUACAGUGAGUUCUUUUUCACUCUGUGUCUAAUAAUGUCAAGGUGAAAAAAGUGUGGCGUAGUUACCUGUCCAUCCCCAACCCUCAGCAAAGUAGAAUCUCUUUUCUAGUAAUUUUGGGUUUUAGCUCUGGGCUCUGGCAAGUUGAACAAUCCUAGCCAUUGACAAUUGUGAUAGUUAUUAUUUUUCCCAUUGCUGUCUUUUUGUAUCUAAAGUCUUCCUGUUGUACUGCACAAACCAUGGAUUGUACAUAUUUUUAUAUAUUAUGUCUUAUUUUAUUAUUUCUAAAUAAAAAAAUUAAAAAUUG